GCCUUGACCUGACAAUAACAUAAAAAGCGCGCCAAAUAUUUACUACGGACACGCUUAUCUACCUCUAGGGACAGCAGUGUUAAUAUACCAUCAUGGACAUAACUUCCUUCACCAAAAACAACUGGAAAAAUGCCUUCAUAAGCUCUGCCGUGCCUGAUGUGUGUAAAAAGGAACCCUGUGUCCUGGGUGUAGACGAGGCGGGCAGAGGACCUGUGCUGGGUCCUAUGGUCUAUGGUAUCUGUUACUGCCCCUUGAAGAGACACGAAGACCUCAAGGAAGCUGGUGUGGCAGACUCCAAGACGCUGAAGGAGGCCGAUCGGGAAAGGAUAUUUGGGAUCAUCGACAAUAAGAAUGAUUUUGUGGGAUGGGCGCUGGAGGUCAUAUCGCCAGUGUGCAUCUCCACCAACAUGAACAAAAGGCCUAAAGUUUCGCUCAAUGAGAUCUCACACAACUCCGCCAUUGGCCUCAUCAAGCAGGCUAUAGCAGCUGGCGUACAGGUGGCUGAGGUCUACCUGGACACUGUGGGGCCACCGGAGAAAUAUCAGGCCAAGUUACAGCAGAUCUUUCCCACCCUGAAAGUGACCGUUGAGAAGAAAGCCGAUGCUCUCUUCCCUUGUGUCUCGGGUGCAAGUAUAUGUGCUAAGGUUGCCCGAGACAAGGCUCUAGCAGAAUGGGAGUUCCCUGAAGGCAUUGAAAUAAAGAACUGGGGCAGCGGAUAUCCUGGAGACCCUGUCACCAAGAACUUCCUGCUGAAUUCCCUUGAUCCAGUCUUUGGCUUCCCUGGAAUCGUCAGGUUUUCUUGGUCCACGGCGGCGAGGAUAAUACAGGAGAAAUGUGUCCCCAUGGCGUGGAGGGAUGAUGAAGAGGAGGAGGAGGAGAAGGACACCCCGUCAAUCCUGGAGUAUUUUGCUGCCAAGCGUAAAGCCCCAGACAGCAAGAGCAACGGGGUUCCGGCGGUUAAGCCAAAGAGACAUUUCUUUUUCACGGAAAGAUGCCUUAAUACUGUCACUGAUUUUUAAUGUAAAGUGGGAAUGUUCCUGUAAGCUUAUGUUUUAGCUGUUUGCUGUGAAAAUAUGUAUAACUUGACAGCUAAUAUUAGGUUCGUAAUAAUCAUAAUUUAAACAUUUCCUAUUUUAUGAAAACAUGAUGCUGGGGUUCACUUGGCCCUCCACAUUCACCAGCUCUCUUUGCAUACUGCUGUGUCCAUUCCUGCCCCAUCACCACCACCACCCACUCCACAUGGUCAUGAAUGAUGAGUUGUGUGUGAUACCUUCACUU